UCUCUCUGGGAGAAAAGAUUUUUUAGAACUUUUGUUUAUUGGAAAUAACAAGAAAGGCGAACAGCGUAACCGUCGAGACUUGUUGAAUAUUUUCCAUAUUUUGAAUAAGAGUGUCGCAUGAUUUAUCAGAAGACGAUGCUCUUCUACACCUCAGAUGUAAUACUCUUGACGCAGUUGACUUGUUUAGUCCUCACCGCGCAUGCGCAUGCCUGCGAGACCUCCUCUCAAGGCAUUGCACUAACAGGUCACGCGUACAAGAUAAUGCGAACACGUGAUCUAUUCGCGUGCUAUUACAAAUGUACGGCGGAAGACAAGUGCCAAAGCUUGAAUUAUUACGACGAUUCUAAGCUUUGUGAGCUGAACAACAGAACUUCCGCUGGGAAAGAGAUAAAACUGCGGGCACAGAGGUCGGCAUUUCACAUGGCGAGUCCUAAUAGAGUUUUACUUGGAAGCUCGGCAACUGCGCCAGCAGUCUCAUGUGAAGAGAUUUUGGAAGUUUUUGGGAAAAUGGUCAGCGGCAUAUACUGGGUGGUCUCAAAAGACACAGGGAACCCACAACAGACUCGUUGUGCAAAUGGGAGAGAGCUGUCCCCUUCUUCGGCCUGUAAGAACAAUCCGUGUCACAACGGGGCUACAUGUCACCAAGAAAACGAUGAAUCAUACAAGUGCGCCUGCGCUAGCGGUUUUACCGGAAAACACUGUGAAAGAGUUUUGAGUGCAGAGUGCAGCAGUUACAUUAUGAUGAAGGACGCAACGCGGAAUAUCAAUUUCAAGAAUUCUGAAGAAAAGUGCGACAGUCGGCUAAGAUUAAACUGGUACCGGUUCAGCGGUAGCAUGGGCACGCGCAUGCCUAAUAGGUGCAUAGCAAAGAAUUAUUGUGACACAGAUGCGCCAGGUUGGCUAGCUGGCGGACACCCGACAAUCCAACAGGGAGUUGUUUGGCGCAAAGUGUGUUUUCAUUGGUUAAACGAUUGCUGUUUGUGGAGCAUAUACAUACGGGUCCGUAACUGCGGACCCUACUUCGUGUAUCAGCUUCGCCCAACGUCUAAAUGUGAUCUGCGCUAUUGUACUGAAUAAAACAUCAUUUCUAAAAA